AUGUACCGGCAGAUACUUAUUCAAAAUGAUCAACGUGAUUUGCAAAGAAUUGUAUGGAGAGAAGACGCAAGCGAGUCUAUUCGUAAAUAUCGUCUUAAUACCGUGACAUAUGGGACUGGAGCUAGUGCACCAUUUUUAGCUAUUAGAUGCCUACAUCAACUCGCUAUCGAGAACCAAGACAAAUAUCCUGAGAACAGUGAUAUCAUACGUAAUGAUUUUUAUGUCGUCGAUCUGUUGUCAGGCGGCGAAGAUGUUGACACCAUACGAAGACUCAAGAACGAAUUAACUGAAAUCUUGCAAUCGGCAGGUUUUCAGCUUCACAAAUGGAGCACCAACGAGCCUACCAUUCUCAACACAUCGUCAGAAAUCAAGGCUCAACCAAAGGACGACAAAAUCAAGACACUAGGAGUCUGUUGGAAUACUACUAAUGAUUGUCUACAAUGCAAGACACAGGCAAUCACAAAAACUCAACGAGUGACGAAACAAUCAGUAUUAUCGACUAUCGCUCAAGUUUUUGAUCCCUUAGGCUUGAUGGGGCCUACAAUCAUUCGUGCCAAGAUCAUACUGCAACAACUCUGGCAAUUGAAAAUUAGAUGGGAGGAAUCACUCCCGCUGCCCUUACAUACAAUGUGGGUACAAUAUCAAAAUCAAGUCAACGAAAUAAAUUCAAUUUCGAUACCGAGACGCAUAAUAGGUGACGAACCUCAGACAAUAGAACUACAUGGCUUCUGUGACGCGUCGGAAUCGGCGUAUGGGGCCUGCAUCUACAUGCGAAGCACCAAUCGGUCAGGGGAAAUCGUCUCUAGACUGCUUUGUGCCAAAUCAAGAGUGGCGCCUCUCAAAAGCAUCACUCUACCUCGCCUGAAAUUGUGUGGAGCCGUGAUGCUCAUUCGUUCAACUCGGAAAAACGCCGCAGCAAGCACUUUCAAUCAAAUUCGAUUAUGUGCAAUAUUGGAGCGAUUCGACCAUAACCUUGGCCUGGAUCGCACAUCGACCUGGAGAAUUACAAACUUUCGUCGCAAACAAAGUUGCGACUAUUCAACGUACAGCACCCGAAGCACAAUGGACGCACGUCCGAUCCAAGGACAAUCCAGCCGAUAUCAUCUCCCGAGGAGCAACUCCACAGGCACUCAAGGACUCGCCUUUAUGGUGGACAGGACCGGCAUGGCUGAGUAG